GAGCACUACUCAUCAUCUAGUACUCCUCAUAAAAAAGGAACCAUGACAAAAGCUUGGUUUGCUGUUCUUACACUGCUGUACCUGGACCUUUCCAUGAGGGUUGGCACUGCCCCAGUCUGUGCUUAUGGACAGGCUGGCUGCCAUGUCCCUGCCCUGGCAGAUCUCUUCGACAGGGUCAUACAGCAGUCUUCAAGAAUGCAUGGCGUCUCCAGUGAUCUGCACUCUGAAUCUGACCAAUAUUUCCUUCCUAGCCGAAACCUUAUUGGAAAACGGAAAUGCCACACAUAUGGAAUACGAACACCGGACGACAAAGAGAAUGCCCAAAGACUAGGACCAGAACAACUGAUAGAGGUGAUCCUGAGCCUGCUGGGGGCUUGGGACGACCCCCUGUCGCAGUUCUACCGAAGCAUUUCCCAGGACCAGAAUCAAGACUUUAACCACUACAGCUCCAACAAGGCGAUGGAAAUAAGUGAUAUGGUGCAUGAUUUGAGGGAUGGAGUGGCAAAAAUGGCUGACAAGAUGAAGCUGUCGGGCGUGCUGGGAAAUGCUGCAAAUUACAUCUCACCUGAGAGUUCUGUUUCCUUCUAUAAGAGAGGAGAACUCAACUCAGUGGACCAUCAUGACCUGCUCUUGUGCUUCCACAGAGACGCAGACAAAAUCAAAAAUUAUCUCCGUGUCCUGAAAUGCACGACCCUUCCUGGAUUGGACUGUUAACAGAGAACAAUGAAGUGUGAGGAAGACAUUUUUGUUUUACAUUUGCCUCAAACUACACAUCAUGUUCAUACUGUAUGUGCUAAUAUACUUCGUAAUGCAAAUGUAAAGGAUUGUGUGUACCCCUGUAGCAUUAUUGUCCUAGGUAACGUACAUUUUUGCUUGUCAGCGUGAAAGGGUGAAACAAUAAAUGAACCUACAUUAUCA